AUCAGUCUAGCAGCCUAGCAGCCUAACCAGUUCUACUAGGACUUAGCAACCAGCACAGGUCUCUCUAUCGCCUCAUUACGCACUUAGUGACGGAAUUAGCCAUGCGGUUCGCAACGCGAGCUUGGUAAGCAACACGUCGGCGACUGCCUCACUUAGUAACCAGUUAGCGACGUGUUUCGUAAGCAACAACCAGGCGGCGGUCGUGUCGCCGAGUGAGCUGUCGGGCGAUCGGUGUCGCGCCCAACGAACAUGGACGUUCGCGGGGGUCGCGGGGGUCGCGGGCGCAGUCGCGCGAGAGGCAAGCGAGCUGGCGACUCUGUCGCAGGCGACGGACCCACCGUCGCUCCCGCUCCCAAAGCUCGCAAGCGUAAAUUCGAUAUGGACGAUCUGGUGCAGGAGGCUCUUAAAACGAAGCAGCUUAAAGCGCAAUGGGCGGCUGCUGCUGCUGCUGCUAGGAAGGCUGAGGAGGAGGAGAAGGAGCGAGCCGGUAAAAGGAAAAGAGAGGGGGGAGGGGAGGGGGAGGAGGGGGAGGAGGAGGGAAGCAAGAGACAGCUGGGAGAAAGGAGCGAGGGUAAAGAGGAGGGGAGAGGAGAAACGGCGGAGGAUGGAGGUAAAGGGAGGGGGAGAGGGAGAGGGAGUGGGCGUGGGAGUGGGCGUGGGAGUGGGAGUGGGAGUGGGAGUGGGAGAGGGAGAGGGAGUGGGAGUGGGAGAGAUAAAGGGACGGUGAAAGGUGCUCCUGCUGCUGCUGCAGAAGCCGCUGCGAUUUAUGGGUUGAGACGGGGGAGAAGUGCUUCCAAGAGGGGAGUGGCCGUGGGAUCAACAGUGGGGGUAGCAGAGGGGAGAGAAGAAGAGAGGAGUCAAGGCGUGGUAGCAAAUGAUGGUUUAGCUGGUAGUGGUGUUGCGGAGGGGCGGGAAGAGGGGGUGAAAGAGGCGAAGGGGAGGCGCAGGGGGGGACGUGGAGGUCGAAAAGGGGGUGAGGAGGAGGAGGAGGAGGAGGAGGAGGAGGAGGAGGAGGAGGAGGAGGAGGAGGAGGAGGAGGAGGAGGAGGAGGAGGAGGAGGAGGAGGAGGAGGAGGAGGAUAAGGAUAAAGGGGAGGACGAGGAGGAGGUGGAGGAAGAGGAGGAGGAGGAGGAGGAGGAUGAGUGGAUGAGGGGGGUUGGCGAAAAGAAAGUGGAGGCGAGGAAGCACGAGGGGGCAGAGGAGGCGGAGGGGGAUAGCGAGGAGGACGAGGAGCACAGGGCGUUGAGAGUCGCGCUGAAGCAAGUGCAGACGGCCGUGGAGAGCUGCCAGCAGCUCGUGGAGGCCCACGGCAUGCCUCUGCAUGAGUAUCUAGUCAACGCCCACCUCGCCUCAUCAACUGCUGCUGCUGCUGCUGCCGCUGGUUCUGGUGCUGGUGCUGCUGGUGCUUCUGGCGGUGGUGGUGGUGCUGCUGCUGCCUCUGAAGCUGGUGUGGAAGAACCAGGAGGGGGCGGAGGAGGAGAAGACGGAGGACAAGGGGGAGGAGAAGCGGGAGAGAUCCCUCGUGUUCUUUCACAGUCGCCCUUUCCCGCAACUGCCUCCGUCCUUGUGUGCGUGCAACCCAAGGUCCUUAACGGAAGCGUGGAUUCCAGCUAUCUUCUCAGCUUUCAGCAACGAUGGGAGAAAAGACCCACUCCCUCCGCACCAGCAGCAGCAGCAGAAUCAGAAUCAGAAGCAGAAGCAGGAGCAUCACCUAAGUCCCUUGGAGCUGACCUCUCCCUUCUUCCCUCUAACAAGUUUGCCGCCCUGCUGGCGCCUGGCCUUCUGCCUGCUCUCUUGCGGGCGAAAUGCACCCAACAACUGAACAGGACGAAGGCGGAAAGGAAAGGGGGUGGAGAGGAGGAGGGGAAACAAGGCAAGGGCGAGAAAGGCGAACAGGAGUCGGGAAAGGAGAGGCAAGAGGAGAAGGGAGGAGAAGGGGAGAAAGGGGAAGAGGCACGGGAGAAGGAUGGGGAUGAUGCAGAGGAGCUGUCAGCAUGUUCACGAGUUAGUGAAGAUCUGCUGAAGCGGGUCUUCGCACAGAUGGUUCUGUCCAGCAACGAUCGAGUCGACACUGCAGCCUGCUCCCUGCUCUGCCACCUUGCUCUCUCACCACCACCAACAGCACCGCCAUCAUCAGCAGCAGCAAAAGCUGGAAAAGCAGAAGCAGCAGCAGCAGCAGCAGCAGCAGCAGCAGCACGAGCAGCUACAAAAGCCAGAGGGUCAGCAGCAGAAGAAACUACAGCAGAAGUUGAGAAAAUUCUCCCCUUCGUCUUCUCCCCAACCAUGGGCCUCUCCUCUCCUCCCCUCCCUAUCAUCGGCUCAUCCCCCACUCCAUUCUCCUCCUCCUCCUCCUCCUCCUCCUCUCUCCAACCCCCUUUUACCGCCUCACCCUCCCCGCAUGCCACCUCCCUUCCUCUGCCCCCUCUGGCUCCUGGUUGGCUCCCGGGGUACGCUGACCUGGCAGCAGCUCUGCUGGCCGUCGGAUUCUCUCCAUCUCUCCUCUACCGAGAUCAAGCAGCCAUGGGGUAUGACCCAGAGACGGGCAGGGGCGAGCAUAGGCGUGCCGCGAAAGCAGUAGAGUCAGGAAAGGGUAUAGAUACAGGAUGGGGCAUAGACACAGCAAACGAUAUAGGGAAAGGAAAGGAUAUGGAGACACUUUCGGACCCACAAGCACCACCUGCUGCUGCUGCCACACAUGCUGCUGCUGCUCUUCCUGUUCCUUCUUCUGCUCCCAGUGCUGCUACUGCCGCCAUUCCUGCUGCUGCUGCUGAGGACGUGUCAGCUCUUGAUCUCCGAACCACUCUGCACACCACAAAACCGUUGGCAUCAACCAAAGCCAUGGUAUCAGCACGACUCCACAAGUCGGGGCUGAUUCUAAAGACCAUCACCUCUAUCUGCAUCGGGCAGUCAUUCUCCUCUACACACCCUCCCCCUCCCUCUCCUCCCUCCUCCUCCUCCACCCCCCGUCCUCGUCAGUCCUUGCGAAGUAAUCCCUCACUGCCCCAGUCCCACCUCGCCCUCCUCUUUCUCCACGCCUCCCAUCUCCUGGCGGACCAUCCCCAGCUGCUGCCGCUGCAUGCUGCGGCACUCAGGGCACUGGCUGCCAUCGCCAGCUGCAGCCAGAGGGGCCGUCCAGGCUUCCUCAACGAGGAGUUCUUUGCUCACCGCUUUCUCUGGGCCAUGUCCGCAGACCCAGCCUCGCUCCGUGCCACGACUUCACCUGAUGCUCCACCGUCCAUCAAUCACAUUCCGCCACCUGGCACGCACUGGUGGCUUGCCGCUCUCCCUCUCACCCUCGCCCUCCCUGCUGCCUCCCCUCUUUGCUCGCGCUUCCGGCACCUGUGCGCUGCUUUGAUGCUGCAGCUGAUGGAGAAAGGGGAGGUACCAUCGCCAGCAGCUGAUCCCACCCCGCCGCCCAUCCAGCUGUCAACAGAUCAGAUCUUAUCCUCCUUCGUAUCGAAUCCCGCCAACAACCCCACCUCCCCCGAGUGUGACCUCCCCCUGCUGCUGCACAAGCUCUACCUGCUCGACGUGUGCCUCGGCCCAUCGCAGCGUGCCACGUCAGCACACGCAAUGUUGGAAUUUCUGAGGUGGCUGCAGGCCGCUGCAACCAAGCUGUCCACCACCGACCCCAGAACAGGCGCCGGCCAGGUGCGCCACUGGGCAUUUUUCCUGAGGACCAAGCAUCGGGUAUUGGCCACCCAGCUCUGACAUGUAGUGUAGUCUGAUACUGGCAAUACCGGUACUGGGUGUGUUGUGCACCGCCAGUACUGGUACCGGUUCGCUGGUACUUACCAGGCUGACAUACGGUAGUCGUGUAUCUGCAAUACUGGUGCGCCGGUGUGGGCCACCAGCUCUGACAUAGGCUGAUCUGAUCACCUAUACCGUGUACCAGCUUAGCUUGCCGGUCAUUACUAGCACUGACCAAGCAAUGCCAGGUCACCUGCAAUUUUGGUACAAAAACAAGCAUUUGAGGGAA